AAAGUCGUGAAAAACAACACACUAGGUGCUUUACCUAAUUAGAAUUUAACCAAAAAAAAAAUUCUUUAAAACAAAAUCACAUUUUCUAAAUUAAAUUUUUUAAGCCAAAAAUAUAAAUAGUACAUGUAAAUAAAAGUAGAAAUUGUUUAAAUGACUACAAUAGUAAAAAAUGCCUUAUUCUCACAUAUAUCGGGUAAAAGUUUUAUGUUUCCAUGUACAUUAACACUAACUCAAAUACGUGAAAGAGGCUAUUUGGUCAAACCAAGAUUAAAAAAUCCAUCUUGGUUCGUAAAAAAAAAUUAUUUAGCGAAUGAAGAUUUAUUAACACACGAAAACAAAAAUUUCGUACAAGAAGUCGUUAAAGAACAAUAUGUAUUGUCGAAUGAAAAAAGUUUGGUGAAACUCAACGAAUUCAAAGAAGUAGAAUGGUCACCAAAAUUGAGAAGAACUGGAGUUUUAGCUAGAAAAAUUGGUCAAUAUCCAAUGUGGUUAAAAAAUGGGGAUCGCAUCCUUACGACUUUAUUGCAAGUUGUCGAUAAUCACGUCAUUAAGUAUAUUCCACCAGAGCAGUUUGAUCCACCAAGAAAAACAGUGCAAUUUAAACAAAGGGUUAUUAAAAAGGAAAAUAAACUUGGCUGCCUACUAGUAGGGGCUGAAAAUGAGGAUCCAUCAGUUUUAACGAAAGAGUACUGUGGAUUAUUUAAAGAUUCUGGUAUUAUGCCAAAGAAACAUCUGGCUAGAUUUGUUAUAUCUCCUGAAGCAGCAUUAAGUCCUGGUACACCAUUAAACGUUACACAUUUCAGGGUAGGUGAUUUUGUUGAUGUUCGAGGCAAAACCAUUGAUCGUGGUUUUCAAGGCGUUGUGAAGCGCUGGGGAUUUAAGGGUCAGCCAGCUUCACACGGAGUGACAAAAACUCACAGGCGCCCUGGAAAUAUUGGUGGAGGGGGUGAAAAAGGUCGUGUUUGGCCUGGUACCAAAAUGCCUGGUCAUAUGGGCAACAGAUGGAGAGUAUUGAAAGGCUUAAAAAUAUGGCGUAUGAAUACCAAAUAUAAUGUAAUGUGGGUUCGGGGAUGCUGUAUACCUGGUGAAACAAACAGUUUAGUUUAUAUUUAUGACACGAUAUUGCCACUUCCGCGUAGGAAAAUAUCACCGCCUUUUCCAACCAGUAACUUCGAUGACUCUGAAGAUAUCCCAGAAGAAAUUUUGUGCGAAGAACUUCACAAUUUCAAAGAUCCAUCCCUAGAUUUUAAGGAGGAAAGCAAGGCAAAGUGAAAUAUGUAUAAAUUUUUUAUUAACUAAAAGAAAUACGAAUAAAAAUUUUGAAUCAAAGUUUUUUAAUAUUA